AUGGACCCAGCGCAGUUCAACAAGACGCUCCAGGUCAUCAACGACAACAUCAACGACGAUGACAAGGAACUGUUCGUCGCCAUUGCCGCUCUGGUCAUAUCUAUUGUCGCCCUAGUCGCCGCCCUCCUCCAGGUCGCACAGCAGUACUAUGCCUCUGCCGCCGGCUACUCCAGUUGCGGGAGCAAAGUCAUAGGGAGGUGGUCCGAGUCCAAGAAGCGCAUCCUCAAGUUUACAGAGUUCCGAUUCGAGGUGCAAUUCGAAACCCCAGUCAUCUUCCUAUGCCCGCCGACAAACGACAAGGGUCCCGUCAAGGGCCAGCAAAUCAUUUUCAUUGAUGGGUCAGAAGAUAGUCUGCGGGACAGCCGCUCCGAACUCCCAGAUCCAAAGAGUAGCACGGACAAGACAGCCAUGACCGACAAGGAGCUGGUCAAGCAGUCUGUUCACACGGCCGACAACGAGCGGGCUUCGUGGGUGACGCUGCUCUCGGCCCUGCAAAAGAUGGAGCACGAGUCCAGGGAAUGGCAGAGGGAACAGUACUUGGAGAAGGUCUACAAGAGGCCGAAAGGGACUGUCCAGGUCGAGAAACCGGAGGACGUCGAAGCUGCGCUCAAGGAAGUCAGCGACAAGUACACCCUGACAAUCGCCAUACAGAAGAAACUCCGGAGCUGGGACACGAUGCCGACAAACGUCAAGAAGCCCUAUGCCACCACCACCUGGUGCCACAUCGUGGAGAUGCUGGCUAUGCUUGGCGUGUACUGGAUCGAGUUCAACAGGACCAACGACAGAUACCGCGCCGAGGGUAACGGCUACACGGUAACAGGGGAGAAGGUCAGCGACCUUGGCAUCAUGUUCACCUUUCAAGUAUACGGGCGCAGUCGCUUCAAGAGUAAUCGCGUUAUCCCCGUCGACGAGACCAAGGAGUUUUGCUUCGGCUUCGUCCCGACCAUUUACAGAUCAACGUCGGAUGGCCGACGCCUUCAGUUCCCCAACGACGAGCCCAGAGACCUGUCUACUUUGAACUUUGCCAGCAACCACGAGAUUGCGGAAACCCUGGUCCUCAUCGGCUGCAACACAAACACCGUCAACUACUUUGCCGACAAGUCCACUGCGCGCAUCGGGCAUUUGUUUCCCGUUGCUUUUGAGAUAGUGGGGAUGCUGGCUCGCACGCUUCACAUUGAGAAGAGCGCGUUCCGCCUGCUUCCCAACCCGACCCACUAUCGGUGGGAUACGAAGAACUUUUCCCUGACUAGACUGCUCGAGGCAUAUGCCAAGCAGAUGAACAAGCUCAAGGCAGACCCGCAGUAUGCAACGAGCGUCGUCGGGAAGGCGAUCCGGAGGAACAUUCGGAGCAUACAGGAGCACCUCAGGGCCGCCGAGCGCAGCAACUGGCUCACCUUGCCCCUCAUGGACGCCCUGCACUCGGCGCUCGACGACACGGACGAGAUCUUGACGGCCACGCCCAGGGAAUCUCGGCCCGCCAUGCCCCGCAACUACACCACCGUGUCUCGCAUGCAACAGACUGCUCCUAGCAAGCCGGCCCAGCCGGCGGAGGCCCCGAGCGAAAUACCGUUCGAAAGCUCACGGCAGGAAAUGGUCAAGGACGUGCUGCGUAGUCACAUCCAGGAGGUGCUUGCCGGCUUCAACGAAAAGACGGAAAAGGCAGCAACCCUCAAGGCCCCCGGCGGCAACCAGCCCCUCGAAGAAAAGGCGCGGCCCCUCCGCUUCGAGGACAUUGACGCUGCGGCCCCGGAGCUCAAGCAGGACAAGCUCAUGGAAGUCUACUUCCGCGUGGUCCGGAGCAAGGUCAUUGCAGAGUCCAAGGAGUCCAAGGACAGGCGAGCGUCCAUCUCGCCCGCGGCGCCGCUUGUGGGCUUUGGCGGGCUGAAGAGGAGGAACCAGACGAACCUCAGCACGAUGACGGCAGACACGGUCGACGACGAGGAGCAGAUCUUCCUGUAUGCCUUGGACGACGAGAAUGUCAAGUACGGGGACAUCUGGUGCACCCUGGUCUUCCGGAUGAUCUGUUGGCUCAUGCUGCACGACUUCCAUAAAAAGGACGUCCAGGUGUCCAAGAGCGAGCUGCUGGGUAGCCGUCUACCGGUCUACAUUGCAUAA